AUGUUCGACUUUGAAGACCCGUUGAUGGAUCAAGAGAAAUGCUUUAUAUCGGUUGGAAAACUACCUGUAUUUAUCGAUCCUACGCAACCACCGCAGAAGAAGGCUCCUUUCUCUGCUAUACUCGGCCAUGCGUUCAACCACAAGGUUGAGUUGAUUCUUCCUCGAGAAGUCCAUGAAUCGGCCUGGAGUUCAAUUUCAGAGGCUGUCCAGCAGCAUCGAUAUGCGCGGGCAAUCUUCCCUCUAUCAGCUCUGCUCGAAGGGGAAUUUUUCACCAAAUAUAUUAAGAUCGGAAACGUACUUAUGAUAUCCGAAGGGAGGAGAGGCGUAGAUAAUGUCUACGCACUUAAAGACGGGAUUCUCACACUGGAGCUCGACAAGCCAUCUUAUGAAAGUGCAGGCCUCAUUGGGAAAGCUAUUCGAUCAGGAGAUAGAAAGCACAUAAAGUCAAGAUACUUGGUGGAGAUAAACCUCCGUCCGCCAUCCAUGCUACACGGUAAAAAAGGGUUUGAACGAGUUGUAUGGGCAUUCAAGAAUGUUCUAAACAGCUCUGUAACAUGGUUGUUCAGUGACUUAUCUAAAUCUUCCAGCCUUACUGAUGAAGACGCACCUAUUAGAAAAUAUCAUCCACAAAUCAUCACUUGCUCACCGGUAGAAUCUGUGAUGACAAAAGUUCUUACGCCGCCUUUCGGUUCAGAGAGUCUUCUCCCGAUAAAAGACAGAGAUUCUCUCCGCGAGACUUGCGAUGAGUUGCAAGAAUGGCUUGCUCUUGCGUCCCUGGGCUCGGAACGGAUUCUGGAAAACGACUCUAUCGAUCCGUACCUAAGCCGUUAUGAAGUUCCCCUGAGAAAUGAGUGCAAGGCCUCAAAUUUAGUGAGGGUCACAUGGAGAGGCUUGAUGCCAUCUAGCUGGGUUAUGAAUCUGUUUAUAUCAGUAUUGCGGAAUUGUGGCUCUCAAAGUAUGAAUGCGAAUCAUUGGUUUGGUCUUCUGGUCUCUGCAAUGGGGAAGGACGCAGUGGAUGGGAAGGACGGUUACUCUGUUAUAGCAUUACCUUUUGCCAGUUCCAGGUUAGAAGAGGAAGAGGGUGAUUCUAUAGACAAAAAGCCAUCUUGUCAACGACGGUUUGUUUGCUGGGAAUAUGUCGGUGGUAACGUUGCGAGCUUCUAA